UGAAAACUACAAAAAUUUAAUGGAAAUUAAAAUUGGUAGUAAAAAACGACGUCGUAAAGAAACCCAAAGCCAUAUAGACAUAGUAGGAUCAGGACUGAAAAGUCGGAACUCAGAUCAACCCCAAUUAGUCCAGUAAAAAAGCCAGCGAAUUGUAGAGAUAGGAAGAGUUGAGGAGAGGAGAAUCCAGAAGAAUCGAGAAUGUCAUCGUCAGGUUCAGAUCCACGUCUACCAUCGGCGGCAAAGCCAUUCAACAAAGCACCUCAUGAUCCUCCUCCUGAACUUCCCGUUGAUUACUCCGGCUUUUUCGCCGUCUUAUGCGCUGUUGUCGGCGUUAUGUUUCGAUAUAAGUUGGGAUCUUGGAUGGCAUUAAUCUUCUGUGCGCAAUCAUUGGUCAAUAUGAAAAAUAUUGAGACUGAUCUUAAGCAGAUUUCCAUGGCCAUGAUGUUUGCUAUAAUGGGAUUGAUGACGAACUACAUGGGGCCUCGACCAUCAAGUAAAACUUGAUAGUGCUUUUUUUUCCUUGUUUAGUAGUAGUUUCACAAGUCAGUUUUUAAAACUCUUGGCAUUUGUGUUGAGUUUUGUUGUUUCCUGCAACCUCUCAAACAUUGAUGUUAUUUUUGCACAAUGAUAUUAUAUUAUUCUACAAUUUAUGCGGCAAGUAUUAGUGUAUUUA